CGGACGGCUUUGUAUCCCCGUUCUUCCCUAAGCAUAAGGAAACAGACGUCGCCACCCUCUACUCUGCAGCGUCCAUUAAAUCUGUUCCUGUACCUAUUCGACAAUUUGGGUUGGUCCAGCAACAAGAGCCAGUACGCUCCCAUACCGUCUCCCACUCUCAGAGCGGAUUCCGGUCUCUAUUAAGGAGAUCAAUCACUUCCUUUGAAGGCACCCCUGUUGGCAUGGCCAUCUCACCAGGACAAAUGAGUGGCAAGAAUACUACCAUGCAACAGGACGAGGUCGAAGACGCAGCUCGUUUGGCGUAUGAGAGUCGAGAAGUUGCAGCGGAUGCCCAGCCUGUGCGACCACGCGCCGACUUCUGUAUUCCAGGAACACAAGGCAUUGUCCGCUCAGUGGUCCUCAAUGACCGGUGGCAUGCCUUGACAGUUGAUACUAUGGGUCAUGUUGGAGUAUGGGAUAUUGCCAGGGGCCAGUGUAUCGGAAAGUACGAAAAGGUCGACGUUGAAGAAGCUUUACGUGCCGAUGCAGCCAAAGGGUCUCAAAAGCAAGAAUACAAGUGGAGUCCCCGUGAAGCGCUGGAAGUUGUGCGAGAGCGGGUCGAAGGAGAAGCCGUG